AGUCUACUCUACUCUUCAAGCAAUGCAGACGGCGUAGAUCUAGAUUAAGAGGCGAGCUCGUAACAUUAAAACUAAAUUCUAGUCCUUACUUCAAUUAGAUCUAGCGUGGAUCAAAACCCCUGUCAUCACUGAUCAGACACAUUUGUACCCAAGGCCAAGGCGAGAAAAUCUGCGGGUGAGAAAUGGAGAUACCAACUGAUGAGAAUGCUCUUGAAAAUCUCCCCAAAGUCUACUCUCUUGAAAGAGCCUCCAACCCAUGCAAGUCUCCAUUGAAACCAGUCAAUGAUGAAAGACGUCUUACUGGUACUCCAAGGACCCAAGAGAAAGAUAACAAGACGCCAACAUCAUCACCGUUCACGUACAUCCGGCAACUAGAUUCUGCUGAGCGUUGGAUCGAGCGUACCAGCAUAGUGACCAAACAAGAUCAUGCUUUGAAUCUUGAGCAUGCUAAGGAUAUUCUUGAUACUUUGAUUUCAUCACUCCCUGUAUAUGAACAAGCUAAUAAGUGGCUCUCUGACGCUGCUGUGAAUGGCGACUCUCCAAGGCCGCGUCCUGUUGACAAACCAGCAGCACAACAGACUGCCUCAGCAGUGGAUGAGCUGGCGUCUCUGUUUGGAGAGCUGGACAUCACACCAAAGUCUGUAGAGUCACCUCAGGCUGGAACUACACAGACAGAAGUUGUGAACCAAAAUGUUCUCCCAGGGGCCAACUUGGGGACAGCACAAACAACACAACUUGAAGCAGAUGACAGUUUUCACUCUGCAUUAGAUGAAGAUGAUGACGCUCUGCAACUUCAAGAAGAGAAUUGUGAGCCAGAACAGGCACAUUCUUCCCCUGCUGAAAUGUCUGUAGAGUCAGGCCAAGAUCCUUUUAAAUGCAGUAAACAGUUGAUGAAUUCCCCUACAGUUACACCUUUGUCUGUUUCAGACAGUUUUAGACCAUCCGAAGCUAACAGUUUAGAAGCAAAACCUACUGAGACAGAAAACUCGUCUGAACAUGAAAAGGAAGAGGAUUCAACUUCUGCACAUUCUUCUCCAGAUGCUGACAAUGAAAUUCAAAUAACUCCAGUUAAUGAGAGAACUGAAUCAUCUGAAAUCAGUAAACCACAUAAGGAAGCAAUUGAUUCUUCAAUUCAUCCUCAAAUUACGCCUGAAUGUGCUGAAAUCGCAACUGAGAACUCUGAGGUCUUCACUGAUAACCCCUUUCAGUGUCGCAAACAAUUGCAAAAUUCACCAGUUCUCUCUAAGUCUGCUUCUCCAGACAAUGUAGCAUUGGUCCAAGACUCUGUGCUGAAUACUUCCUCUGAUGGGGUGCUUAAAGUGCCAUUUGAGCCAGAAAGUGAGUCGGUAAUUUCCCCUUCAGCCCUGGUUCUUGAGAACAUCAGAGAUGUUUGUGGUGAAGAUACAGCGGACCUAACAGUUGACCCUUUUAAACCUUCCCAUCAAGUUGCCAAUUCACCAGCAGUUUGUGACAGGCAGACAGGAAGUCUUGAACAAGAGGAGCUUCAUGGUCAAGUCCUCGGGGUGGACAGGUUGCAGACUACUAGUGCUGCUGAAAGUACACAUGAUGAGGUCAAAGAAGAAACCAUUUCCCCUCCAACGCUUGCCCCUGAGACUGAGUCAUCUGGGAAAGUGGAAACUGCGAGUGGCCUGGAUAUCAAUCCAUUUGAGACAAAAUCUCAAGUAGCAAACUCCCUUAUUUUUAACAAGGCAACAGAAGAUGGUAAUGGAAUAGAAUGCGACUCUUCUUCCUUGAGUAGUACAACACUAAUCAAUGAAACAAAUUUAGCUGACCAGGAAGAAACUCUGCUUGAUGUCAAUCCAUUUGAGACAAAAACUCAGUUAGCAAAUUCUCCUGUUCCGGGUGAGACAUUGAAAGACAAUGAUGGAAAAGAAAGUUAUGCCUCUUCCCACUUCAGUACAAUGGAAUGCAGUAAAACAGAAUCACCUGCUCAGGAGACAGUGCAGGGCUUAGAUGUCAACCCAUUUGAGACAAAAAGUCAAUUAGCAAACUCUCCUAUCCCCAGUAAAAUCUCAGGAGGUGGGGAUGAAAAAGAGGUUGAUGCUGAUCCAUUUAAGCCAAGAUUUCAGGUUGCUAACUCACCAGUUUUGCAAGAAACAAGCACUGAUUCUUCAACACCACAAGAUGCUGGAGUUGCAGAAGCAAAUACUGAUACUGAAAUAUCUUUACAACAAAGUUCCCAUAAUUCAAACCUCUCCCCACCAGAAAAGGACAAGAAAAUGGAGACAGAUGUCAUCAGUAUUCCUGCUUGUCCAGAGAGUACAAAAGGAUCCCAGUGUUCUGAUAAUAUCCUGGAUACUCCAGAGCCUAGCCAUUUGCCCAAGGCAGUGACUGCUGAGGAUUUGGUGCCAGUUGUUGAAAUGGAUACGACUGGGGCUCAUGUGAAUCUCUCCCACCCAGAGAAGGAACAGACCACAUCCCCAGUUGUUCAAACUCUGUCUUCUGAUUCUGACGAAAGUGCUAUUACAACAGAAAAGAAUGAUGCUGCCAUGGCUGAGGAGAUGGAAGAUACGUCGGAUCCUUUCAAGCCCUCAUCACAACUGACCAAUUCACAUCAUGUUGCAGAUACAAGUCAGGUAUUCUCUCUCCCUUCCUCUGACGCUGAUGUUUCCACCUGCCAGCCUGAAGAUGAUCCGUUUAAAUCAAAAUCUCAACUUCCAAACUCGCCUCAAUUAGUAGAUGACAAUCCGUUCAAAACAAAACGUCAGAUACCAAACUCACCUGUACAAUGUGAUGACAAUCCCUUCAAAACGAAAUCACAACUCGCAAACUCACCUCCACAAACAGUUGUUGAGUCACAGGAAAACCAAACUGAUGUCAGUGCCUCAAGUGACUCUGCUCCUGCUACUUCUGUCUCAGAACAUGUUCCCCCCCAAAAAGAGGAAAGCAUGGAUGUCAGCAAGAAGGAAAAUCCUGGGAAUGUCUCAGUUGAUAAAAUUCAUCAUCUUGAUAAAGCUCCAUCCACACCAUUGUCUCAUGGAAGUACAGCAUCGACUUUAAGGCCUCCUGUAAGCUUACAAUUCGAUAGUAAUCUCGAUGAGAGAUCAGAGGAUGUAGGUCCUACUGAGAAUGCAUAUGGAGCUACUGAAGGCAGUGGAGAAUUGGAUGCCAUCACUGGUGCCAAUGCUCAAAAUGAACCAAAGGGAGAUGGUAUGCCCAAAAAAGAGGACGAAGAACUAUUUGUUCCAGCCACUCAAGCGUUUGCUGAUCCUGCAUUUUUGGAUCAAUUGGAGAAAGCUCACAGUAGCAGUUCAGUGGAUGUAAAGAGAGGUUCUGUUCUGUUGAAGUUUGAUCCUCUUCAAGAGCAUCGGUUGGAAGUAUCUUUUGCCAAACCUUCCAGUCCGGGUCAAGUUCAAAAAGGAACUCGUGUUUCUGAUAUUUUCAAGAAACAGAAUAAGUCCGGAUUCCUUUCCAGUUCAGAUGAAAGUGUCUGUUUGUUCGGCACUCCGCCUAAAGUGUCUAGGAGGAGAACUCUGACUCGACAAAUGCACAGCACUUGCCAGCUGUCCAUAGAAGAAGAAACUCCAGCCAACCAGGUAGACAUGUACUUCGACAUGGACAAUGACGGAGAUGGUAUGGCCUCAAUUUUAUCUGACAACUUGUUACCCGAAGAAAGCAAAGAGGGAAAGUUGGUGGAUGUCGUUGAGAUGCCAAAGUACACAGAAAGUGACUUGAAAAAUAUCCGCAGUAAUUUGACCCUUCAGUAUCAAGAGCUCAUGCUGAAAAAGGAUAGGGAAUUCCAAGAGAGGCUCAAGGAACAGCAGGAAAAGAAUGCAGCCAGACUGGCAGAUGUGGAGAAGGAAAAGACUAGCCUACUGGCCACUGCUGAAGAAGAGAAGGCAAAGCUUAAGGAAGCAAUGGAUAGCUUGACCAAAAAAAAUAAAGCUCAGAAGCAGAGUCUUGGCAAUUCACAGAAACUGAUGAAUGAAUUUGAUGAAAUCAUCAAGCAGCUGACCAAGGACAAAGAGGAGCUGAAUGUGCAGCUGUCCCAGGCAACAAAGCAGGGUGAACUUUACCUCCAAGAUAAUAAAGAACUGGAAAAGUCUUUUGAUGACCUCUUACAUCGCUAUGACAAACUGAAGGCCACUCUGGAGAAAGCUGCAAAGAAUGAGAAAGUGCUGACACAAGCCGUUCAAGGUGCUCAAGAGAAGUUCAAGAGUGUUCAGGAAACUUCCAAGAAGAUCAAGGACACAGCAAAAACAAAGCUAUCAGAGCAAGAAGAGAAGUAUAACAAAUUAGAGACAUCCAGCAAGGCUGAAAUCACAAGGCUUGAGGCAGCUUUGAAGAGAAAAGAAAUGGAUGUGACAAGACUGGAAUCAACAUUGCAACAAAAGGUGGCCGAAAACAAGGAGCUCACUGACCUGUGUGAUUCUCUGAUCAGCAAAGUGUCUUAAUGGGGUUGUUCUUUGUUUUUGUUGGGUUUUUUCUAUAAAUAAUAUUCAUUUUCUUGGUUUGUAAGUUGACAGUUUUGUUUUGUAUUUACAUGUACAUAUUAUUCAUCAUUGUGAUUUGUUGUUCCCAUACAGUUUACUUGUUCUCAUUAGCAAAUCAGCAUCAAAAGAUGCUGCUAACCUCAACAUUUUUUUCUGCUAUUUAGAAAAAGAGGUCAUUGAUCUGGACUUCAGAAAAUGUAUAUUCCAGAAUUUUUCUCUGCAUUUGUUUGAAAUUUGAAGCAAGAAAAUGGGAGAGAUAUUGACGAUAGUCUUCUGUUAUCAUAUCAUGUCUUUAUCAUCAUGUUUUCUUAGGAUAUUCAUUAAUAAUUAUUAUCUUGAGCUUCUGUCUAGUGGAACAAAAGUUAUAUGUAUGGUGUGAUGGUUAGGCUCUUUGCCUUGAUAGCUGAAUACAUUAAUCUCCGCCUAAGAUCCCAGUCGUUGGGAGAAAGGAAAAUGCGAGGUAUUUGGAGAACGGGAUCUUACCCUACGCACCAAGGGGAGAAUCCACAGUGACUCAUGAUCAGGUCCACUAUCUGUGAAAUGAUUCUGCUUUACUCGGAAAUGAACUGGCAUGACCCUGGGGUGGGUUUAUGACUCAUGAUGAGGAAAGAGUGGGCAAUGUUGAUGACCAAUCACUAUUGCAUGAGGCUUGCAAUUUCCACUUAUUCAACCACGAGUCUCAAGAUCUACGUCUAUCUUGUUGCUCCUCCCCUGUACCUGUCCAAGAUUUACAGCUUUCUAUCUCUAAGAGAGUUCCCCCGCCUCUAUUGCGUUUUGACCGCUCCAAUUAAAAUUCAGUCUCUCUAGAAACUGCUGCUGUGAUCCCACUUUGUGCGGUCAUGUAGGCCCUACCUACACGUGUAUGGUGUACGACCAGGUGGUGAGCUCAUAUGCUGGUGAGGUGUUUGAGGAAAACAAAGACAUCUGUGUGAUCCUGUCUGGGGCAAACAUUGUACCGUUUCAUCGAGAUUUAUAACGGAGCUGUGAUCACAUUCACGAUGCGGGCAAUACAAUGAUCACUAAAUUUUCACUGCUUGGUUGAUUAACUGCGCCCGCCCAGGUUUUUGUUUCGUAAAUUAUUAUCUGAAAUGCGGGAUCAUAGGGAUGAUUUUUGUGUAGUAUAAAUUAUGUUUUCUUAAAACAAUAGGAUCUUUAUCCAACCGAGAUCAUAAACGGUGGGAUCUUAGGGAGAGACUACUGUAUAUACAUGAGGUCAUUUCGCAUGUGGCCGUGAUUAUUUUGUCUUACUACUCGGACUUGGUGUCCCACUCUGCCUGGAGUGGCUCUGACUGGCAUGGAUGAAGCAGUCCGUCUUUUUAAUGAUCUUGAUUGUGGCGAUGGAGGCAUAAAAGAUUGUAUAAAGUACUUUUUGGAUUUUGUUUUUCUCGUAAUUCCCAACAUUUUUCAUUUUUAACAUAAAGUGCUCUGGUGGUUUCAAUGCAGAUUUUUAUUGUGAAUAAGACAUGCAUUAAAAAUAUGUAACUGUUUUUUUUCUACUACAAAUCAAAUGUACAAGUCAAGCAUGUUGGACUUGAGCAUUCGUAGUAUGAAAUGUUGGAUAACUCGUUGACUUAAAGUCUGGUGAAGCGAAUUCAAGUGAAUUGUGCUUCAUUGUGUUACUUAGCUUUCAGUUUAUAAGAGAACCUGGAAGGCAAGGCAAAUUAUGUUAUAGGCUAUGCAUGCAUUGCUAUCUUAAGUCAUUGUGUGCCUUUUUUCUUUAAACUUAAACUUGAGUUGUGUUUACGCCCCCAUCAGCACAAUUUAGAUCAUUAAAGAGGUGAUUGUCUUCUAUGUGAUAUAGCUGACAACGCAGAUUUGUUUGUAACAAAUGAGUUUCUUUCAAAUGGCACCACCAUAUGUAACCCUCUCUUUGAUCUUGUCAUUUACUUGUCACCCUCAGAGAAGAGGCUGUGUGGAAAGUGCAUUCUAGUAGUACUGGUGCUUGUGAAUGUAUUGUGAUUACCACUAUUGUAGAGUCCGCUUAAACCAAAAUCUGCGGGACUCCCAGAUUCACUUCGGAUCAGCCCUGUUUUCAGUUCAGAGAGAUUGCCCAAAUUAAUAGUGAAUAGUAAAAAAAAUAGGAUUCUAUUUUCUUUUUGGUUUUCCGCUGUGUUUGGUUUAAGUGGACUCCAGUGUAUAACUAUAUUUUGCAUUUUGUUUUUUGAAUUAUGUUAUUCAGUCUUAACUGUUGCCUUUUUGGUCUUCGUCCAGUUUGAGACAGCUUGCCCGCACAUUUGAUUCAUUUUUAAGUAUGCUAUGAAUUAUGAAAAUGCUGAUGAUUUGUAAAUCAAUAUCAUAUCUCCCAAGUCCUUCCUUUACUUCUGUCUAUCAUUUGCUUCUGUGGAUGCUACACUUGACUACUAUUGAUAUAUUAUGCUUCUGCUUGUCUUGAACCACUUCCACUUUCAUUCUAUUAUGUCACCUAUCUCUGAGUAAUUGAAUGUGUUGUGUUUUGUUUUGUUCCUCACAUCACACCCAAGCUUCUCACCUACAUGAUGUUGCUUGUAGUUUUUGUUAUGUUCUUAUGUUUACUUUUCACAUUGUCUUGAUCUAAAUCAAAAUGAUCAAACUGUUCCAUCUUUUACUGACUAUCCCAGAUUUCUAACUGACCAUUUGUGUGUUUAUGAAACCCUUGGCCUUGAUCUAAAAUCAGUGCACACCGUUUGAAACCACCUGUUACACAUUCUUGUGCCUUAUGUAAAUCUAUUUUUUUCCACUGUCUUGGAACUUUAUUAAAUUAUCAAUAAAGCCAUCUUCAUUCUAA